AUGCCAAAAUGUUAUGCUUCAUUCCUAUCCUCUUUAAACACACUCAUUGAAGAAGAAGAAAUGCUUCGUGAUUCAGCAGUUCAAAUGAUAGGACUUGCACAAGAAGCAUAUGAUCAUGCAUUACCUUAUUUAUUCCAAAGGGAACAAUUUGUCGAUUUAUUGGGAAUGCAACUGCAAUAUGCACAAAUUGCAACUGAAAUUGAGGCUGCCAGGUUAUUGACAUACAAUGCAGCUAGAAUGAAGAUGCUUUAUUGA